GCGCUGCCUUGCCGGGCGGUCGGACCGGAUCAGUGCCGCCGGAGCAUUUACCGAAUCGAGGAGUGCCUCCGUCGAGUGUUGUUGGAGCGCGCGUCGUCUGCUGUGCUGUGGGACUUAAACCGGCGCCGCCACCGCCCUGCGCCCGAGGCCCCUGGACUUGCUCGUGGCCCGCCCCGGCUACUGAAGAGGAAAGAUGGCUCCGGUGGGCGAGCUGCUCCCGCAGCCCUUCCUCGACCCCAAGUCGCUGGUCAUGCCCAAGGACCGCGACCGGGAGGUGGCCACCAUGCGGGCCUGGCUCAACACGAUGCCGCACCUGCCGCGCCUCUCAGACGAGCACCUCCUGCUGUUCCUGCACAGCUGCAACUUCGCCCUGGACCGCGCCCAGAAGACCAUCGACAGCUACUUCACGACGCGCACCAACGAGACCUACCUGUUCAGCGACAAGGACCCUGCCAGCGGCGACCUCAAAUACGUCUUCGGCAUCGCUGAGCUGGUGGCGUGCCCCGAGCGCACCAAGGAGGGCUACGGCGUGCUGCUGUACCGCCUGACGGACUUCGAGCCCUCGCACGUCGACUUCCUGCAGGGCAUCAAGGCCUUCUUCGCGUUCAACGACGUCCGCCUCAGCGAGGACGGCGUCAUCCCCGGCUACGUGGUCGUCUUCGACAUGCGGGGCAUCACGUUGUCGCACCUGGGCGUCGUCACGCUGUCAGGCAUCCGCAAGUUCAUGCACUACAUCCAGGAGUGCCACCCGUGCAGGCUCAAGGCCAUCCACGUCAUCAACACGGUCAAGUGGUUCGACAAGGUCCUCGCCCUGAUCAAGCCCUUCGUCAAGAGCGAGCUCCUGCAAAUGAUCUCGAUGCACGGCGACGACCGGGAAAGAAAACCGUGUUCCAGAGCGUGCCCCUCAAAGCCUUUGCCUCCUCAAGGGGAACUCCACGACGCCCACGUGAAGCUGAUGACCGACAAGUACAGCCUGUGGCUCAAGCAGGAGCAGCUUCUCCGAGUGGAGGAGAAAAAGCGACCAGCCAAGUGCAAGAACGGCAACUUCACCACCAUGGAGGGCUCGUUCCGCUCGCUGGCCAUCGACUGAAGCAACAAGCCAACCAGCCUCGUUGGCGACACAACGAACCCAUGCUCAAUUCACUUUCAUCUUUUCCCGUGACCGCGUUAUUGCUAUUUUUAUUUUUUACGAGACAAUCAGUUUUGCACACAUGAAAAGGAUAUAGUCGGUGACUGUGGGGCCCGUAGUUGAUCUCAAAACUGCUGGUGAGAGAGUAUGUUAAUGUACAAAAAGAAAAUGCAGCGUAGCGUCUCAUGACUGAGUUUACCAUGACGUAAAAAGCGUAUUAUUAUGACGAUAGCUUUCUAUUCGAGUUUAGAAGUUAUUUUCUCAAUAAUGUCAUGAACAGGGAGACCUUCACUGCGUGAGACCUCCUUUUUAUGUUGUUAAUCUGUGAUUUUAAUGUCUCCUGAAAUUGCCAUGUUGAUAAUGUGCUGGUCACAAGUCGACACGAAUCACUGUCAUUUUAUUCAAGCACACUUUCUCGAAUCUAGUUGUAUGUCGACAGUGUUAAGAAUUAUCGUAUUAAUAGUAUUAUCAUUACAAAAUAAUUAAAUGAUCUGUUUCCAAAA